GGCCCGGAGGGAGAAGUGAAGGUUUGACAGCUCCGUUCCCUUGAACUUCCUUCUCAUUUCAUCUCAUCACUACCCAACCUGCGUGAGACGGGAGUUCAAGACACAGCUUGUGAGAUUAACAGUGUCCAAAGGUUGACAUGUCGGUCUCCAAGGCAAACCCCUCAGAUAAGAAAUAGGAAAUAACAGGUUUCUCAUUUGAUCUCACCCACAGUCAGACAAUCUAUGUCUGCUCCCGUUUACUGCAGCCUAUGGGUACAGAGACAGGCUCUGCAACCUCGCGAGACUUGAGCACGAGCUGCGAGAAGCGUGUGGCCAGCGACCGACGAUAUCUGUGCAGGUCAGAGCAAAAAUAUAUAUAUCUGUGCAAGUGUUCGGUCCUGAGAGACGAGAUGUCACAGCUGAUGGAAAGCAAAAGCACCAAGGGUAUCUUGGAGCGCCUCGAUGCUGGGGAGGUGGUCGUAGGAGAUGGAGGUUAUGUGUUGCAACUAGAGCGACGUGGCUAUGUGAAGGCAGGAAACUGGACACCUGAGGCUGCUGUUGAACACCCUGAAGCAGUGCGGCAGCUGCACAGGGAGUUUCUGAGAGCAGGAGCCGACGUCCUUCAGACAUUCACCUUCUACUGCAGUGACGACAAGCUGGAGAUCAGCAGCAAUGUCACCAACAUCACUGGGGCUCAGAUCAAUGAGGCAGCCUGUGACAUCGCCAGGGAGGUAGCCAACACCGGUAAUGCACUGGUUGCUGGGUGCGUGUCCAAGACUCCCUGUUAUCAGAAGAGCCGCAGUGAGACCGAGGUCAAAGCUAUCUUUAAGAAACAAAUGGACGACUUUCUCAAAAAGGACAUUGAUUUCUUAAUAGUAGAGUUUGUUGACCACGUGGAAGAGGCAGUGUGGGCAGUGGAGGUGCUGAAGACCAGCGGCAAACCAGUGGGUGCAACAUUGUGCAUCUCCCCUCAAGGAGACAUGCAGGGAAUCCCGCCUGGAGAAUGCGCUGUCAGGCUGGUCAAAGCUGGAGCUGACAUUGUUGGCGUAAACUGCCACCUGGACCCUCUGACGUGCAUUCACACAGUGAAGCUCAUGAAAGAGGGAUUAGAGAAAGCUGCUCUCAGAGCCCAUCUCAUGAUCCAGCCGCUGGGCUUUCACACGCCCGAGCACAACUUCGGUGGAUACACUAGCCUACCCGAGUACCCCUUUGCAAUGGAGACCAGAGCCAUGACCCGCUGGGACAUUCAUAAAUACGCCAGAGAGGCUUACAACGCAGGAAUACGCUACGUUGGUGGCUGCUGUGGAUUUGAGGCCUACCAUAUCAGAGCCAUAGCAGAGGAGCUGUCCGCGGAGAGGGGAUCGCUGCCUCCAGCUUCAGAGAAGCACGGACUCUGGGGGGCUGCGCUGGAGAUUCACACGAAACCCUGGGUCAGAGCCAGGGCUCGUCGAGAGUACUGGGAAAACCUCUUGCCUGCUUCCGGACGUCCCAAAUGCCCCUCCAUGGCCACCCCCGCCGAUGAUUAUGAACACCAGCUCAGGUCCAACAUACCAAUAUAGUUGUUUGAAUCUACUACACAGUUUGAUUAUUAAGUUUUUUUAAUACAAAGAAUGAUCUGUUUAACCAGGUCUUUGUCCUUUACCCUCUUUGUAUUAUCACUUAGCAGUGAAUUCACUUUCUUUUCUGUAACUUUACUACUCUUAAAUCUACUAGCAAACCGCUGGUAGGUUUACUUGUUGGUUGACUGAUUGUUGUCUCUUCUUUUCUACUACUACAAUCUUGUUUUUUUAAUAGGUACAAGUGUUAUGUUACAAUCCACAAAACCCAUCAAAUUCAUAUUGGGACUCUUUGAGACUUCUGGGAAAACCUUCAGCCUGCUUCUGUACAUCAUAAAUGUGCCUUAAGCUAGUGAAUCAUAGGGAGGGUCAUCAGUGACCCUUCAGCGAAUAAAACAACCUUUCUCUACAACAUUAUGUGUAGUAGAAUGUGACAGUGCAUUAUUCAUUAUAUAUCUGAUCAGAUGAUAUGUUUUUAUACACAAACUGUUGGAAAUCAUACAUUUAGUAUAAAAACAAAGCAGGUAUUCCUACCUGUCACUACACGUAUUAGCUCGUCAUAUUUGUUGUUAGAUUGCUGAAAUUAGCUGAAUGAAAAAACAAUCCAAUUGUUCAUUUGGCUCCAAUCCAAUAAAUUGUUGUCAACACUGAACUGUAUGUUGGAAAGUAGAUUUUCUUGAUUUUUACAUUUAGGUUUGCUAUAUUUGAGUAUAAUAUAUUGCAAAGAGCUCUGUCUGUACAUGUGUUUGUAUAUGUAGGCCACUGCUUGAAUGCUGUAGCAAAUAUGAAUACAACAGUAAAAUUGGCUCCUUUCUCUGC